AUGAUUGGAUAUCGGAGGCAAGAAAGAUCAAGAGAAUCAAAUCAAGCAGCCCAAACUCUGGAGGAAGAGAUCGCAAAGAGCUUAGAGAGGAGGAGGAAGAGACCUUCGAGGGGCGAGGGGAGGGAGGCUGAGAAGAAGAGGAGAGAGAUCGUGGAGGAAUCCUCCAAUGAAAUGGAAGUUGAGCAGGACAGUGAGUUGGAUCUGCCAGUGAUCAAUCUUCCUCCUGCUACCCCUAGACAGCCUUUCUCAGUUGCAGCAUCUAUCACUCCCUUCCUGUCUGCCAACAACAACAACUGUUCAGACAAACAAACAAACAACAACAGUAAACAAUCAAGUGACAACAGUAAACAAACUGGUAAACAAACAACAGAGAAAGAAAACAACUCUAGAGAGACUACUUCAGCAACAAACAAAGACGAAGAUUUUCGAGAACCGAGUUCAAAGGUUGCCACCAAGAAGAACAGGGCGGGUUCAAAGGUCGUUUCCAAGUCAACCAAAAGGGCAGUAACAACGAAAAAGUCGACCAAAUCGACAAAGAGUACCGUCGCGGCAAAGAAACGUGCUGUCGUCCUCGGAAAGAUUAAUACUAAGAAAAGAGGUGGAGGACACUACGACCCACGUGUGGUGACGGCAGAGGCAGGAGAACGGUCAAUGUUCUAUCUGCCACCGUCAGAGGAUGCUGGGUCCUCUCUCUGGACUGGUUGGAGGCAGCGACGUGUGGCUGGAGGAGGAGAGAGACAUGAGAUGACUGACAGCUUCCCCGCUGCCAAAUAUUUCAGAGAGGAGAGGGAGGAGGCAGGUCAUCUGUACAGGUCCAGUCUCUUCAAGGAGGCAGGCUCUGUGUGUAUCUCUCCCUCAACCUCUCCCCCUGCCCUCCAGCUGGAGAUGCUUCUAGUGGCUGGCGGAGCUAACGUGACUCGGAGUAUGAGGAAGGCAGAUGUAUGUGUUGGCUGCCACUCUCCGCGAGAGGGUCUGGAUGAGGGAGGAGCUGUCAGCGUGACUGAGGCAUGGAUACUCGGUGUGUCAGAGUUUGGAGGCAGGGAGGUGGCUGGAGGAGGAGAAGUUUGAGAUGACUGACAGCUUCCCCUUUGCCAAAGUAGGCCACUGAAUGUGUCUUUAGCAGUGGAAUAUUGCGCGAUUACAGUGCAGUUUUUGCUGCAUGAAGACUAGCUUUACGCGUGAUCCUUACACUACUUUUGUGAUGGUAAUGGUGGUGCUAAUUCAAUCAAAAACAUGU